AUGUCGGAGGAACUUAAUCUUGAACCUUCUCUUCAAAAUAUAAUUGAUCAGAAGUCGCUACGUUGGAUUUUUGUCGGCGGAAAGGGUGGCGUAGGUAAGACAACCACUUCGUGUUCUUUAGCUCUACAGUUGGCCAAGAAUAGGGAGAAUGUUCUUCUAAUCUCGACUGAUCCUGCCCAUAACUUGUCCGACGCAUUUGGUCAAAAGUUUGGCAAGGAUGCUAGACCUGUCAAUGGUGUCCCUAAUCUCCAUGCCAUGGAAAUCGAUCCCAAUGGGUCUAUUCAAGAGUUUCUAGAUCAACCUCAGAACCAAGCUGCUAGUAGCAUGAUGCAAGAUAUUGCCUUCUCUAUUCCUGGUGUAGACGAAGCGCUGUCAUUUGCAGAGGUCCUCAAACAAGUCAAGGCUCAAUCAUACUCGGUUAUUGUUUUUGAUACUGCUCCAACUGGCCACACUCUUCGUUUUCUGCAAUUCCCUACCAUUCUUGAAAAGGCUUUGGGUAAGAUUUCAGAGAUCUCUGGCCGGUUUGGUCCUAUGCUCAACUCUUUGAUGGGUGCUUCUGGAACCAAUACUGAAGACAUGCUUGCUAAGCUGGAGUCGACUAGGGAGACUAUUGCUGAAGUCAACAAACAAUUCCAAAAUCCUGAUCUCACGACCUUUGUCUGUGUUUGUAUUGCUGAGUUCUUAUCUCUUUAUGAAACUGAGCGUAUGGUACAAGAACUCACCUCUUAUGGUAUCGACACCCAUUGCAUCGUUGUAAACCAGCUUUUGUUUCCAAAGACGACAUCGGAAUGUGAGCAGUGUAAUGCUCGUUAUAAAAUGCAACAAAAAUAUCUUGAGCAAAUCCUAGAGCUCUAUGAGGACUUCCAUAUUGUUCAGCUUCCACAGCUUACCAGUGAAGUUCGUGGCCUAGAGUCUUUGCAAACAUUUUCAGAGAAACUCAUCCACCCUUAUGUACCCAACUAA